AUGAGAUCAUUUCUAGCUUACUUUCUUUUGUAUGUUCACCUCGUUUCAUCACCAAACAAUGCUUUUGCUUCUUUUAGUUCUAGUUCUAGUUCUAGUGAAGCAAAGGCCCUUCUAAAAUGGAAAGCCAGUUUUCAAAGCCAACCCCAGAAUAAUCUGACCUCAUGGACUUACUCUCCCAGUAAUUCCACCAAUCCAAGAGCAAAUGCAAGUCCAUGCAAUGGUUGGACAGGCAUUUCAUGCAACAUUAUUGGAAGUGUCAACGGGAUAAACCUCAGCAAUUCUGGUAUUCAAGGUACGCUUCGUGAAUUAUCAUUCUUGUCCUUCCCUAAUCUUGAAUAUCUUGAACUAAGCUUCAAUGAACUUCAUGAUGCCAUCCCACCUCAGAUUAGUUCCCUCUCCAAACUCAUCUACCUUGAUCUGUCCUCUAAUCAUUUGUCUGGGCAAGUCCCACCAGAAAUUGGUCUUCUAACAAAACUUGAGGUCCUUCACCUACAUGAUAACAAGUUAAAUGGCUCGAUUCCUCACGAGAUUGGUCAACUUAAGUUUCUUUCUGAGCUUGCUCUGAGCCAAAACAGUCUAGAAGGUGUGAUUCCGGCUUCUCUGGGUAAUUUGAACAACCUGAUUUCGUUGUUUCUCCAUGAAAAUCAACUUUUUGGUUCUAUACCUGCUUCUCUAGGUAGUUUGAGCAACCUGACUACUUUGAAUCUCCAUAGAAAUCAACUUUCUGGUUCAAUCCCACCAUCUUUAGGUGAUCUGACAAACCUUACCUUUCUCUUCCUCUACCAAAAUAACCUAUCUGGAACCAUUCCGGAACAGAUUGGGAACUUGAAAUCAAUGGUGGAUUUAGAGUUGGCUAUGAAUCAACUCAAUGGUUCCAUUCCCCCUUCAAUUGGUGGCUUGAUUAACUUAGUUUUCUUAUACCUCCGUGAUAAUCAACUUUCUGGCUCCAUCCCCCAAGAGAUAGGGAAUCUCAAGAAGUUGACUGUACUCGAGUUGGAUACUAACCAACUUUCUGGUCAUUUACCCCAAAAUAUUUGCCGUGGUGGAUCACUACAAAACUUUACAGCAAAUUCCAACCAAUUGACGGGUCCAAUACCCAAAAGCAUGAAAAUAUGCAAGAGUUUAGUAAGAGUCUGCCUUCAAGAUAACCAUUUGACAGGAAAUAUAUCUGAAGAAUUUGGUGCCUAUCCAAAUCUUUACAUUGUAGACCUUAGCCGCAACAACUUCUACGGUGAAAUCUUACCCAUGUGGGGACUUUGUCCUCAGUUAGCAACCCUACGAAUUGCAGGAAACAACCUGACUGGCAGCAUCCCACCUGAGAUCGGCAAUGCAACCCAAAUUCAAGCACUCGAUCUUUCUUCAAAUGGUUUAGUUGGGGUGAUUCCAAAUGAGAUUGGGAGUUUGACUUCUUUGCUGAGUCUGAAUUUGAAUGGUAAUCAACUUUCGGGUCACAUACCUUCAGAAUUAUAUUCAUUGAAGGAUCUUGAAUAUCUUGACCUGUCAACCAACAAAUUGAAUGAGUCAAUUCCAAGCAUUUUAGGUAACUUCUCUAAAAUGCAUUACUUGAAUUUGAGCAACAACAAAUUCAGCCAAGAAAUUCCAUUUCAAUUGGGAAAAUUAGUCCACCUGUCCCAGCUAGACUUGAGUUACAAUUCCCUCGAGGAUCAGAUACCAUCAGAAAUUAGCCAAAUGCAAAGCUUGGAAAUUCUGAAUAUUUCCCACAAUAAUCUUUCAGGUUCAAUACCCAAAAAUUUCGAACAAAUGCAUAGCUUGGUUCAAAUUGACAUAUCCUACAACCAGUUGCAGGGUCCCGUCCCCAACAACAAAGCAUUUCAUGAUGGCGCUUUGGAAGGCAAUGAAGGAUUGUGUGGCAAUGUUGCAGGACUUCAACCCUGCAAUAAGCAAUCCUCAAAAACAGAUCGAAGACACUUGUUUUUAAUUAUUUUCCCUAUUUUGGGAACACUUCUACUUGUACUUGCCGUCCUUGCAAUUGCCUUGGUUGGAAAAAGAAGAAAAGCAAAGCAGGACACAGAGCAGAGCAAUGUGCAACACAAAGAAGUUUUUUCCAUAUCUGAAUUCGAUGGAAGAAGAAUGUAUGAAGAAAUCAUCAAGGCAACCAAUGAUUUUGAUGCUCUGUAUUGCAUUGGAAAGGGAGGAUCCGGAAUUGUAUACAAGGCAAAGCUGCCAUCAAGCAGCAUAGUUGCAGUCAAGAAACUCCACCCAGUACUUGAUGGUGAGGAGACGUCUCGGAAGGAAUUCCUAAACGAAAUAAGGGCACUCCUAGAGAUACGGCACCGGAACAUUGUGAAACUUCGUGGUUUCUGUUCACAUGCCCAUCACUCGUUUUUUGUCUAUGACUACUUAGAAAAAGGUAGUUUGGCUUCAAUCCUGAGCAAAGAAUACGAAGCUAACAAACUGGACUGGAGCACAAGGGUGAGGAUUGUAAAAGGUGUAGCUCAUGCCCUCUCUUAUAUGCACCAUGAUUGCUCUCCCCCUAUUGUGCAUCGAGACAUAUCAAGCAACAACAUACUGCUCGAUUACGAUUAUGAGCCCGUUGUUUCAGACUUUGGUACCUCUAAGCUUUUAAAUCCAAACUCAUCAAAUUGGACUGCUCGCGCAGGCACAUAUGGAUAUAUAGCACCAGAGCUUGCUUAUACAAUGAAGGUUACCGAGAAGUGUGAUGUUUAUAGCUUUGGGGUGCUGGCACUGGAAGUGAUAAUGGGAAAGCAGCUGGCUGAUUUCGUGUCCGCCUUUUCGACCCCAUCCGCCAUCGGAGACAUAUUGCUGAAGGAUGUUUUCGACCAACGCCUUCCCCCUCCUACACCGAAAAUUGAGAAUGAACUGAUAACAAUUACUAGGCUAGCAAUUGCAUGCAAACAUUCCCAUCCGCAAUCCAGGCCAACAAUGUACAUGGUUUCUCAAGUGUUGUCAUCCCAACGUGCAAAUUCCUCUAGACUACCAGAGAUUACUCUUGAACAACUCAUUAAGUAG